CUCUAUUUGGAAUUUAAAUGAUUUCUCAGUGAGAAGGAAGACAUCUAACUACACAGUCGAUACACAUGACACAGGCUUAAUGAGUGUCACAGGAGAUGAGCUGGGACCUAAUAUAAGCACAGAAGGUGCUCCCAAGUGUGAAGCCAAGGAUGGCAGUGUCAGCAGCAGUACAGAGAGCGAGGAAGAUGACCAAGAGAGCAGCUCAUACGCCUUGGGAUACAUGCCUCUGUCACAAGAUCCAGACUUAGAUGAGAAUGAUGAUGAUAGUUGUGUAGAGACUGUAACCUGCCUAGACAUCACGGAGAGCCCUAUUAAGGCUGACAGUGACACUAUUAUUGGGCCAAGUAGACACGCAAAGCCUGCAGAAGACCACACCCACUCACCGAUAUCUUUAUUGGAAGACAACCAAGUAGAUCAGAUCAAGGCCGCCAUGUCUGGGUUCUCACUGCCCUCGUCAGCCAUUCCAGACUGGGCUAAGCACGUCCCUGAGAAUGUAUGGAAGUCAAAACUCAUCGACGGAAUAAGAACAAAAGACGAUGAUAAAUAGAUCUAUCUGAUUUUUUUACUGUCACUCAAUUAAGUUAUGCACAACCACUGUAACUAUAUGCAUAGAUUGCUGUUCUAUCAUAAUUAUACCGGGGUAUGUAAUAAAAUUGUCCUCAUGAUUGAGCUCGAGCUCCACCCUUUUCCAUAAUAGAAGCCUUGCAUAGCUUUGUUAAUUAAUAGCCAGCUGAAACCAUAGCUAGCUGAUAGAUACUUAUAAUCUAGUAUAACUUAACUAUGGCUGAAAUGUCAUCGGAGUUGUCAGAAGAGUCAAAGUUAAGAUGCAAAUCUACCUUAUAUGAAAGAAGAACAAGCAGUGAUUCUCUCUCAAGGGCAAUCACUGGAUCAACCUCAGUCCGCAAAAGAAGAUGCACCUACAAUUUCCGAAUGUUGAAAAGAAAAGGGGUAAUACUUGUUCUGGUAUGGAACUUUCUGGUAUUUAGCUAUCAAGCUCUUGUUCUUGGGACACUGGUUAAAUUAAUUCCUGGUAUUGAAAAAUUCCCCUGGAGAAUUGUUGCAGCUAAUAUGGUUUUGCAGAGUGCCGUGCCUUUUUUAAUCUAUCCCAUUGCUGGCUGGAUUGCUGAUGCUAAGAUCGGCAGGUAUAAAGUGAUUCGUGGAAGUCUAUGGCUGAUUUGGAUUGGAGCAUUGCUAUUCCUUGGAGUUAAAAUUGUAUCCUAUUCCAUAAGAUAUGUUAUUCCAAUUUCAAACGCUCAACGUAUUGGCGAAUCCCCUGCACUUGUGUUACUUUUUACGUUAAUUUAUGUCCUCAAUGCGAUUGGAAUUGCAGGAUUUCAAGCUAAUUUUAUUCCGUUUGGGGUUGACCAAAUGGAAGAUGGCUCUUCUGAGCAGUACAGUGCGUUCAUUCAUUGGUAUUAUUGGACAAGAAAUAGUAGUAUUGGCUUGAUAGUAACACUGCUGAUUCAGUCGUCAAAAGGAUAUUGUGAAAAGAAGGAGAUGGAGAAUUCGUAUGAAAAUGAGCCGAUUAAUCGUUAUGACUUGAUUAUUCUCUUGCUUCAAGUUGGAUGUGUUACACUUGCUGUAUGCCUUGAUUUGGUAUUCUCCAAUCAAGUCCUCAACAAAGAUCCCAAAGUACACAAUCCUUUGAAAAAAGUGUGGACGGUCUCAAAAUUUAUUAUCCAGAAUGAUACCUUCGUCGGAUACAGGAAAGCAAUAACCUAUUCAUAUGACAGCCCAGUGCAACGUUCAGACUUUGCCAAGAGAAUGUAUGGUGGUCCGUUUGACAGUGAUCAUGUGGAAGAUGUGAAGACUUUCUGGAAGAUGUUGGUGUUCAUUUUCUCCCUUGGUUUAGGUGGAGUCUUUCUGAAUGAUGCUGUUUAUCAAAGUAUUAAGCUCUUUGUGGAUCACUUGGAAUUGCCUGCAAGUGCCUAUCACUCCCUAUUAGAAUGUUCGAUACGACACUCAAUUUCCGUACUUGUCUACCCAACAGUAUUCACUCUGUUCAUUCCAUUUUAUGAGAUCGUUAUACACCCGAUUUUUAGUAAGUAUGUUCCCCGAAUGAUGGUGAGGAUGACAGCUGGAAUUAUUUGUAUGCUCCUAUCGGCUAUUGGAAUGUUAGUCAUUGAUGUAGUUGGCCACGCCCAUGUUACUAACAACCAAACGUGCAUGAUGUUUCACACACACUCUGAGCCUCAUGCAGCAACGCACCUCCAUAUAUCCAUGAUCUAUGUUGUUCCUCUCACCGUUUUAAUGGCCUUAGGAGAGAUGCUAACGUUCAUAUCAGCUCUCGAGUUCAUCCUUGCUCAGUCUCCAUUUGGAAUGCGAGGACUCUUGAUUGGUAUGUUCUAUGCCAUGAAUGGUGUUUUUGACCUCCUGGCUGGGCUGGUUCUACUCACUGUCUCUCUUUCCUUCAAGAGUAACCCAUUUACAUUACGAGGAGGUAUGAGCUGUGGAUCGUGGUACUAUGCAACAACAGUUGUCCUAGGACUAUUAGGCGUUGUGAUCUUUUUCCUAGGUGCAAUUUGGUACAAGAAAAGACAGAGAGGUGGUCACAGGACUCUUAUCAAUCACCAGACUAUUAUUGAAUCUUAUUAUGAAGCUUCAUCUGAACAACAAUAUUAGUUUGCUUAUGGCUGCUCUAGCAUUGUUCAUUGUUCGUAAUUUUGUGUACAGUGUGUAUAAUAGCUAUUGUGUGAGGUGCACUUAUUGUUCAUG